GGCGGCACCCCGAAGCCUGAAAUGCUACGGGAUCGUACGGAAAUUGGGGACACCAAAAGGUACUGACACCGCUCCGUAGCCACUUUGGCUCAAGCAUGCGUGCCCGCUAGCGGGAACUGAGCUAGGCGCCGCGGCUGCCAAGCUGUCACACAAACAUCGGUUGUGGUUGCACAGGCCUGCUGCGUGCCCGUCGGGAUGGCAGGAAGCGGCGCUGAUGAGACCCAGCUGGGGGGGCGGCAGGGCCCCUCGAGGACGGGCCUCAGGACCGCGUUGACGAAUCUCAGGAGCGCGGGCGACAGGAGUCCGGACCGUACUUGCUCGGAUGCUAUCCGUUCUUCGUCGAUAAAGUCUUGGAGCUGAAGAAGGUGAAGAAGAAGGCCACGCGUGCACAUUGCGUUGGCCCUGUCAUGGAUCUAGCACUCUGGUGUCCAGUCAUACAUGCCCUCGUCAUGUUCUCGUUCAUGGGGCUGGGCCUCCUGAUAGGGAAACAGAGCCAGGCACGGGGCACCCUUGAUCUGGCCUGCCCAAAAUUGUGGCUUGCGCUGGCUGCUGGCACUUGCUUUGCCUUGAUGUGCCUCGAGGUUCACAUCGCAAAGUAUUCGAGCAUAUGGUACAGCGACAAGGCGCGUGAUCAGUCCAAGAAUAAUGGCCACAUUGGAUGGCCGUGCAUGCCCGUCCAGAUGCUCGAUGGCUUGUUGCGUUGUUGUUGCUCCUCUUGGUCCACGUGGAACGAAUUCCAGGACACAUGGUAUUUCCAUGUGUGGUUUAUUUGGCUCUUUGGGCUAGGCACCGUGACUUUGUACAGCCGGUUUCAGGCGAACGCAUUUUUGGGGGUGCUUGUCUACGGCUACUUUCAUCAGGGCAGGUCGACCGUGGUGGAUUCAGUCUGGAAGGAGACGUUGCGCCAAUCGCGUUUCAUACGUGAGUACUUCCCGCUUUCGGCCAUACUCCUUAUCAUGUUCAUCGCAUAGAUCCUCCACUACGCUUUCGGCGUGAUAAGUUACUGGCCCCGCUGCGGGUGGAAGACGACAGACCACAAGCGGUGGCAACUGGAUCUGACAUGUGAUCGCCCGAAGUGGAUGGCUUGGGGGAGGAGUUUCGAGUUGGAGGUCAAGGGAACAGAGAACCUCGAGAGAACCAUCACAGGCCCACUCGAGUGGGACUCUUGGAGAGGUAGUUUCAAGGGCGGACUAGUUGUGGUGCAUCGCCCGGCCGGUAAUACCUCGCUCUCAGGCCCUGCAGGCGGACCUCUGUACCUGUAUAGUAGAGGGCGCCUCUACGAGCCAUCCGAGGAAGGCUUCCCAUUCAUCAUAAAAUGGACAAGUAACAGGUUUGCAUACACCACCUUGACAGGUGCAGAAGCAACCUCGUCCACAGUAUUGGACGGAAUCGCAGAGUGCUGCAGCAUGUCUAUCAUGUAGGAAAUGCACAAGUUGGAGCUAAAGGAUUGGGGGAAGGCGAGUGACUUACUUGUCGAGUACGAGGAUUUCAAGAAGGUGCAUGAUGAUGCCCCCACAGAAGAGAUGACAGGUGCACUCAUCCAGGAAGUGCGAACCCUCCUUGGCAAUGCUGUCAAUGUCACGCGGUGUGCCUUCUCACGUCUAUUGGCGUCUGCUUCUGUGGUGUUCAACUCCACUUCCAGGUCACCCAUACCAACGCACUCUGUUCGGGUACGAAGCAAUGCCCACACGCCCAGCAGGCCCUCUGGCUCGGAAUUGCUUCGGCUCUCGUGUCAAUGUUCUUAAUUCUUGUCAAGGUUGUCGACAUCACCAGGUAGUUGUGUACUGUAUUUGAUCUUCUCCGGCGCUACGGAGAAGUUCUCGACCCCGAUCACGGGAAAGGGCAGUUGCAGUCAAUGUUGAAUCAAAUCAAUACGUCCAAAUGGAGGCUAUAUGUUGAUCUGUUUUAAUGGUGCCAGCGUGUUUAACGUUUGUCUGGAACUUUUCGUGGGUAGGUGCCAAGUGGACUAUGGAUAGUUUUGUUUGUCCGAGCCACAUGUGGAACUUCCCUGCUCUGAUGGAGUUAACGAACCCAGUGAGCGGUUGUGUGGAGCUCAAGGACACAACCUUCUCGGUGUCAUAGACCGACAA